AUGGUUUUCCGAAAGUUGCCUGGCGUCUCCGCAUCGGGCAUGGGUCUGCGCCUGUCCCAGAAGUUUGUGUUUUUGCUUUUUCUUUCAGGCUUGGUCACGCUGUGUUUCGGGGCGCUUUUCUUUCUGCCAGACUCUGUGAGACUGAAGCGCAUCUUUUUGUCAAAGACUGAGAUCCAGCCGGUCACUGUGGGGUCUGGGUCCGAGAACGACGCUAGGGAACACGUAAAGAGACCCAAAGAGCAAGGCAUGACCCCGGGGAAGGGAGAGACCACCAGCAUCAAGCAGAAAAACCUCAGCCGUAGACCUCCGUCGUCUCUGGAGAGGACAGAUGAGCGGCUGCCCGGGGGUAAGGCGCAGGAGGACUUGUCUCUGCCCAAGUCCAGGACCGAACCAGCGACCUCAUCCAUGCGCAGUGUGGACAUGGACACGUUUAGUUACAACAAGUUCAGGGGAUGUCUGCUCAAGCCACCCAUGGGCAGGGAUAAUGGGAGACCGAACGACCCGGUGACCAACGAGAGGAGGGAGAAAGUGAAAGAGUCUGCAGUUCUCAGGGCUGCGAGCCAAGCUUUGUUGAGCCCGGUGGGUCAAACCAGCGCCAGGAGAGAGAGAGAGUGUCAGAGUCUGUCGCUCACACAUCUGCACACGCUCAGACCGCGAGGCCGAGAGGAGGUGGGACCAGUGGACUUUACACAGCGCCGCUCAGGCUCGUGA